UGAAGAGUAAAUGGCAUAAGUGGACUGCUUUUUUGUUGUAUUAAUUGCAGCAAAUUGUGUGGUGUGUUCGGUGACCAGAUGGCAACAAGAACAUGCACCAGCACAACAUGCCCCUGAGCGCUCUUCACGUGGACCUCUGGGAGUGCGGGGGGUUCGAGGAGCUGGCUACCGUACUCAGCCCUCCCCUGAGAUGUCCCCCAAAGUUCAACAAGCUGAAGGUCAUUCAGUUCGUAACAAAAGUAGAGUACAUCCGGUGCUGCAGCUUUCAAGUCUUUGCAUGGAUCCAACUGCGUGACCAUCAUCGUUCCCGCUGGGGGUACUUGAGACCUUUACCAACAUUUGUUACAUCUGAACGCUCCCCCACUGUCUUGGGUGUACUGAAGCUGAACCGAUCUCUGCGCGUAGCUAGUUCCGGGGAAGUUUUUCGGGAUUUUUCGAUUCCGAAUGUUCCAGCCUCCGAAGAUGUUGACGUUACUGUCCACAAACCUUAUCAAUAUGAGUUAAGGGACCGAACCAAUGGUGAGACAAGGGUCAGCUGGCCGAGAGGUUGAAGUAGCUGGUCAGGUGGUAAAAGAGUGCUCUUAAUUAAGGUACUUGUUGAACAGGGCAGCAGUCCAUGUGUAGUCUGUCGCUUGGACUCGCCGAUGUCUCUGAACUCAGUGGCAGUUGGACUUCCCAACUGGCAACGCCUCUCUUAGAUAGAGCCGCUGGAACGGUGAGACCGAUCUGGCAUAUUUUCGCCAUCCUUCAUUCAUCAAAUGGAACAACGUGGCCUAGAUCGUAAACUUCCGGGAGGCCAGAUGGGGCUUCCCACCAAGGAGGGAUCCGUC